AUGGGCAUCAAUCCACGGGGCAGCGGGAAGAUGCAAGAAGAUCACUCGAGUGACAACAACAUCAUCAACAAAGGGGAAGCAUUGACCCUUCCUGAGCCGCGCACAAGUGAAGCAGGGAGCUCGGUAAAUAUAAUCUUUAAGAAGGCUUUCGAUCAUCUCCAAAUCGACCAAGGCGAGCUACUGCCGAUGACGACCCCACUAUAUGGGUUCACUGGCAACAAGAUUGAAGAACGUCAGGUCACCUAUCAAAGGCUGAUGAACAAAGUAUUUCAACGGCAGAUCAGCCAUAUCAAGGAGACCUGCCAGACACUUAGGGUGUAUGAGAUCAAGCUGAAUCCAAACAAGUGUCUAUUCGGCGCAAAAAGCAGACGAUUUCUGGGCUACAUUAUCACCGAACGGGGCAUCGAGGCCAACCCCAACAAAGUGAAGGCACUUCAAGACAUGUCGCCUCCUAGAAAUCUGAAGGAAGUCCAGCGUCUCACUGGUCGGAUAACUGCACUAUCUCGGUUCAUCUCUAAGUCAUCCGACUGGAGCUUGCCGUUCUUUAAGAUAUUACGCCGAGCCACCAAAUUUCAAUGUGACGAGGAGUGCAAUCGGGUGUUUGAAGAACUGAAGGAGUACCUCGAUUCAUUGCCUGUAUUGGCUAAGCCAACUGUCGGCGAACCACUCAAAAUUUAUUCAUCCUCGACCGAGCAUGAGGUCGGCUCGACACUAGUUAAGCCGAACGACGAGGAACAGUCGGUGUACUUCCUGAGUCAUAUAUUGAAAGACGUUGAAUCCCACUACACCGGUCUUGAGAAGUUGGCUUACGCAUUGGUGCUCGCCGCUCGGAGGCUUCGCUCGUACUUCCUCAGUCACUCCAUCAUCGUAAUGACCAACAUUCCCUUGGGGAGGGUACUGUUGAAUCCAAAAGCAUCUGGAUGGCUAAUCAAAUGGAAUACGGAUCACAACGAGUUCGACAUCCAAUACCAGUCUCGAACGGCCAUCAAAGCGCAAGCCUUGGCGGAUUUCAUCACAGAGGUACAAAAUCCUGAGCCGGAAGCCGUUUGGAAGAUAUAUAUGGAUGGCUCAUCUACACAGCAGGGGAGUGGGAUCGGUAUACUGCUCAUCUCCCCCCAAGAGGAACGGAUGCAGUUGUCCAUUCGGAUGGACUACAGGGCCACAAACAAUGAGGUCGAGUAUGAGGCGCUCAUAGCCGACCUGCAGGUUGCCCGAUGCGUUGGAGCCAUCAAGGUCCUCAUCCACUCGAACUCUCAAUUGGCCACUCAGCAACUGACUGGGACAUUCGAGAUUAGUAGUGCGCGACUCAAGCUCUACGCUGAAGCUUUUGAAAAACUAAAAGCCAACUUUCAGGAGGUCCUCAUACAUAAAAUCUCUUGGUCGGAGAAUCAAGCGGCGGACGAGCUGGCCAAGCUAGCCAGCUCGCUAUCGCCGAUCGUCAUAUCACAGCCGAUCGAGCAGGUAUCCUUAGUGGCGCAUAUCGACAGAAUGGAGGGACUCUCUUUUCCGAGUGAUUGGAGGAUGGCUCUAGUGGAAUUCUUGCGGUCAGGGGCUACGCCAACCGAUCGGGAGGAGGCUCGCUUAUUGAGGAAAAUGGCUGGUCGAUUCACCCUCAUUGGAGAUCAGCUCUACAAGAAGGCCUUCUCCAGGCCUCUGCUCAAAUGCGUCGGAUCGGAGGAUGUCAGCUACAUACUACAUGAGAUACAUCAAGGAUCCUGCGGAGGACAUCCGGACGGCCGAUCUUAG